AUGGCCGUGGAGCGUCUCUCGUCGAUUAUCGGCCACUUGAAGCCCGCUGGCAACUCGGGACUUUCGGCGAUGGAAACGACAAGAGUUGACUGGUACAACAGCACACAAAAAAACCCAGACGACGUCGUUAUCACGUUGGCACUGCGAACACCACUCACAAAAGCUGCCAAGGGUGGAUUCAAGGACACAAAACUCGAUUAUAUCGUCUAUUCCCUGCUGAAAGAGCUCGUUGAGCGGUCCAAGCUGGAUCCUGCGCUUAUUGAGGAUGUUUGUUUGGGAAACGUCAACGACGAAAAAGCAGCAUAUAUCGGCCGCGCCGCAGCCCUCGCAGCAGGCAUCCCACACACCGCCGGAUCCUCAUCGGUCAACCGUUUCUGCUCCUCGGGCCUCAAAGCGCUACAAGACAUCGCGAACCAAAUCCACGCUGGUGCAAUCGACGUCGGUGUAGCUGUUGGCGCCGAGUCCAUGACCUUCGGAAAGGGGGACUUGGAGCCGUUCCACGAGCAAAUCCUAAAAACGCAAGAAGCGGCCGAUUGUCUACAGCCUAUGGGUCAGACAUCGGAGAAUGUUGGUGACGAUUUUGGUAUCACUCGUCAAAUGCAGGAUGAGUAUGCCGUAGAGUCGUUCCGGCGCGCAGAAGCGGCCCAGAAAGCGGGCCUUUUUGAUGAUGAGAUUGUCCCCGUUACGACUAAGGUUAAGGAUCCAAAGACCGGGGAGGAAAAGACUGUUACUUUGACGCGUGAUGAGGGCCCUCGUUAUGGAACUACAUAUGAAGGAUUGAGCAAAAUUCGCCCUGCAUUUCCGCAAUUUGGGAAUAAGACUACUGGCGGUAAUGCCAGUCAGGUUACUGAUGGGGCCGCUGCCAUCCUUCUCAUGCGCCGCUCCAAAGCCAUCGAACUCAACCAGCCCAUCCUCGCCAAAUUCUGCGGCGCAACAGUCGCCGGUGUGCCUCCACGAGUAAUGGGCAUUGGACCAACAGCGGCAAUCCCCAAGCUCCUGAAACAAUUCAACCUCAACAUCUCGGACAUUGACAUCUUCGAAAUCAACGAGGCCUUUGCUUCAAUGGCGGUUUAUUGUUUGAAGACGCUGGGUAUUGAGCAUGAGAAGCUCAAUCCGCGUGGCGGCGCUAUUGCGCUUGGUCACCCGCUCGGUGCGACGGGGGCGAGGCAGGUGUGUACGAUUUUGAGUGAGGCGCGCAGGACGAAGAAGAAGAUUCUUGUGACGAGUAUGUGUAUUGGGACUGGGCAGGGGAUGGCGGGGCUUUUUGUCAAUGAGCAGUAG